GGUGGCACUGAUUGGCAUUGAUAGGUGGCACUGACUGGCACUGAUGGGUGACAUUGAAAGGCAGCUCAGAUGGGCACUGAUAUGUGGCAUUGAUGUGCACUGGUAUGCACUGAUAUGUGGCACUGAUGGGCACUGGCACGUGGCACUGAUGAGCACUGGCUGCUGGCACUGAUGGACACUGACAGGUGGCACAUCUGGGGCCACACUGAUCAUCAGGGCACACUGAUUAUCAGUGCCCUGAUGAUCAGUUCAGCGUGACAGCUCGAGAGGAGAGAAAUGCUGAUAACCGGCAUUUCGUGUUUACAUGUGAUCA